AUGCACACGGUGUCAUCCGGAGGAUCCCGAGAGUCCUAGCUUCUUGACAACUUGCGCGACGCCUGGGUGAACGAUGGUGGUAUCCUGCAGCAGAGCCAGCGGCCUUGUUUGACGAUGUUCUGACCUCGGGAGAGCGGACAGGUCCGUGACGCCCGUGUCCCGAGUCGUUCUCGUCGCGAGGAUAUCGGUCAUAUCGAUGAGAUGACGCUAGACUAGACGCCAGAAGCUGCCGGAUCUCCGAAGAGUUCCAUCGCGUUUGAACGAACCCCCGUCAGCGAGAUCCAGAUCGUAGAGAAAGCAUUCGAAAAGAAAAAGUAUAAAGCAUGUCAACCUACGCCAGCUUCCAACAGUACGACCUGCUGGACUCCGAGGGCUACGGAUCGGCGAGUAGUCCAGAGUCGAAUCCGCGGAGCUGGACGCACCAGGAGAUCUACCCUCAGCCGCCGAGGUCAAGGGGUAGCAGCUGCGGCAGCGUGAGCUCCGUGGACUGUCAGAAUCGCGAGUACCAGGAGAUCGGCGCCGCGGCGAACGGCGGCUUUCACGUGUCCGCGACCGGUGUUAAUUUCUCCGAGUUCUAUGAGGGCUACUACCAGCAGAAGGGUUGCCGAGCCGACCAUCGACCGGACCACCAGCCGAACGGCGCGAGGCCCGCCGCGAAGGAUCACGGCAAGGUCGUGUUUAGGAUGAACGAGCGCAUGGAGAACGUUUACGAUUGCGUGGCCGGCGGUGUCGAGUUCGCGAACGAGGCGCCGGACGGCGAGCAGAACAUCACCGGCGGCAUCUCGCCGAAGCUGGAACAAGGCCCCGGCAACGCGUUGCUCGGCAAUUCCAGGUGCGACUUCGGCCAGCAGAGCCAACAGGAGAGCUUCUUGGCCGCGAAGAGUUACGGUGUCUCGAAGCCCGAUGGUUUUUUACCUAGAAAUAACGGCAAUCCGUACGGGCAGAGGGGCGACAUUCUUUAUUUGGGCGCCGCGUACAGCGUGCAGAGGAGCGAAAGCUACGGGGCCCAGAGCGGCCAGGGCGGCAAGUGCGCGACGUCGCGGUAUCACCAAAAAACGGACGCCGGCCUGCACGUCGCGACGAUGGAGUACGCCGGCCAGAAGACCAAGGAAACCAUGCAGAAAAUAAAGAACGGCACACCGGGCAUCGAGGUGCUCAGGAAGAGGAGGCUCGCGGCGAACGCGCGCGAGAGGAGGCGGAUGAACAGUUUGAACGACGCGUUCGACAGGCUCAGAGACGUCGUGCCCAGCCUCGGCAACGACAGGAAGCUCAGCAAGUUCGAGACCCUGCAGAUGGCACAGACCUACAUCGCCGCCCUCUACGAGCUUCUGCAGAGGGAGUGAACACGGCUGAUCUUGGACCAGCUUGGCGACUAGAACCGAGGCAGCUCCUACAGACCCUUCGACGGUGAAGCGUCUGGGACAGGUUUUCAGCUUGGCUGUUCAGCCAUUGGACCAACCGUUCCAGUGUCAGUUUCGUUGCGUUAAAAUUAUUCGAAGCAGCUAAAGAACCUAACGAAAUAUUUGUCAAUCGAAGCACGGUUGGCACAUAGCA